AAAGCAGUGCAAGUACCUAAUUAGCAUGCUAACAACAACCAGUUUCUCAAAAUGUGUUUUUAUUUCCAAUUUCUUGGAAAGAAUCCAAGUAGAGAUAGGAACACACAAUAUUUGAAACUGAAGUUUGGGUAAUUAUCCGGAGUAUUGAAUGCUGUGUUCAAAUUUUGUUCAUCUCUUAUUUGAAACCCUGAGUCUGCAAAACUCUGUGUUCAGGUUUAAAUAUAGAAGCAGGACAUUCAACACAGGUAUUUUAUCUCAGUAUUCUUUCUGCCUGUAUUAAGAAUUUGUGAGCCAUUAUUAUUCUCUUUUUAAUCUGUAAUUGUCACCUCAGCACUUCAAAUUGAAUCUCAAUGCCAUUCAUCCCGUAUAGGGAAGGAAAGGAUCAAAGGAUCAUGCAGGCUUUCUUUGCUUUGUUUCUAGUGAAACUAUUUUAGGGAGUCUUUUAAGAAAGCUAGAGGCUAGUAAUUACUGGAAUACAUAUAUUAAUUUGAUUAGUAAUUAAAUCAGCCCUGUCAUAAUGUAAGAAUGUGAACAAGGUAAUUGGCAAGAGACUCACUGUAGAUGAGAUGAUUCUAUGGUCACGUGUUUAGAAAAUCCGGAGUUACCCUACUGCAUUAGAACUGUGCUCUGUCUAAGGCAGUAUCUCAUCUCUGCUAUUAGCCAGUGAAAGUAUAAAAUAACCUGAAAAAGACUGUGGAGUUACCUUCCCAUAAGAAAGCUGCUUCCUUACUCACAGUCAGAAAUUGGUUGCUGCUUCUCUGUGGAAAAGCAAGGGAUUUCAUUUGACCCUCUUGAUAAAAACACAGGGUUUAGCCAAAAGCAUUAAAAUGUGGAAGUGACUUGCUAUGUAACAGCUUCCUUUGUUUUGUUAAUGGCACUAUCAAAUCUGAUUUUCUGAACAUGAGAACAUUCCUCAGACACAUCUUUAUGUAAAUGUAGUUGCCAAGCUGUUUGUAAUGGUUAAAUUAUACUUUCAUGGGAACUCUUCAGAAAAUAUUCAAUUAGUUCAGGUUUUUUUGGAAACGCUGCCAAUUAUGUGACGUUAAUGAGCUUUUUGUUGGUAAUGUAAUUAAAAUUCAACUGCUAUAAUGCUUAAAGGAAAAAAUGAUAGCUCUAAGAAAGUUAACAUUAAAAUAAGCAAAUAUAACACAAAGUAGGGCUAAUUUGAUGCUGAUUAUAUGGUUCUCUGUGCAUUUGCUGCAAACAACUAUGCUCUCAGUAAUGUGGUGAUUUUACGAAUAAGGAAUACAAUUCAGUUGAAAUUACUGAGAUUUAAUUCUUAAUUUGGUUAUACUGAUACAAUGCCACAGAAACCACUGCAGAACUGAAGAGAAAGAGUGGAAAAUCCAGCUCUUCUUAUACCAGAUGUUUAAAGAUUUCAGACAUCUGAAUAUGUUGAUGGGUAGAGCAAUUUUCAAAAUGUACAGUAGCAAUCUCUCAUUUAUGUCAAUAAAUCAGGUGCUCUUUAGGUUCUUAAUUCUGGUUGAAAACAGAGAAUUUCUGCACCUUUAAAUUUCUGCACCUUUGUUUUUAUUUAUGCAUUUGAGAAGCCUAUAAGCUCUGGAAAUUUGGACAGAUAAGUUGGCCCUUCAUGGAUUCUGUAAGUAAUAAAGUGAUGCAGUGAGUUGUUCACACCCUGCCUACAGGUCUGUUGCCAAAAGCAUCUGGAAGUAUUUGAGGUAAUGGACAUUUCAGGAAAAUGUGACAGAUAAAAUAAUGGAAGGUACCUCUUUUCCAAGCGAUGCAUUAGUUUCGUUUCAUCAUUAAUCCACCCUUACGUCUAUUUCCUGAGGCAAUCAGAGUGCACAUCUUCCAAACUCUCUACUAUUAAUCUUGACUUGCCGGAAGCAGUUUUGGAGACAAACCAUGAAAAAAGAAGUGCAUCAUGCUGCUGUCAGUUUUGCUUCAUUGUUUUUCAUGUUGUUAAUUUAUGUGCCUUACACAGUGUUCUUGCAGAAGAAUGGGAAUAUGUCUUCAGCAGAGUGUGACAUUUAACUGAGUUGCUGGAAUAAUGUCUAACCUGCAAGAUGUGUGACUGAGCAACCAUGUAUUUUGAUGACUUUGGGAAAAUGUCCUAGAAUGCUGUGUCAAAAACCUCUACAAACAUAAGCAAUAUCAAAGUUGCUGGCUUGUGCUAAGAACAGAUAUCUGGUCCAGUGAGUGCAGUAUGCUGUCUCUAAUAGCAGCCAUUACCUGCUACUGAGAUGAUAGUGCAGGAAACUUUGAUCACCUCCAAAUUCAGUAAAUUCAAGAUGCUUAUUUUUCAGUGUGUCCAGAUGACAAAUGGAAAGCAUUAAGAUGCAGCUUGCCAGAAGAUAGGCAAUGAAAAUGAAAACUGUUUAUUUUACUGCUGGGCUGCUUUUAAUGAUAGUUCAAGGCAGCUGGCAAAAUCCUCUUCAGGAUACAGAGGAGAAAUCAAGAUCAUACAAAGCUUCCCAGUCUGAACCAUUAGAUGAAUCUAGACAACUGAAUGAAGUGAAACGUCAUUCACAAGGCACAUUCACCAGUGAUUACAGCAAGUACUUGGACACUAGGCGAGCUCAGGAUUUUGUGCAGUGGUUAAUGAGUACUAAAAGAAAUGGACAACAAGCACAGGAGGACAAAGAGAAUGACGAAUUCCCAGACCAGCUCUCAAGCAACGGGAUCUCCAAGCGUCAUGCUGAAUUUGAGAGACAUGCUGAGGGCACCUACACCAGUGAUAUCACCUCUUAUUUGGAAGGUCAAGCUGCCAAAGAGUUCAUUGCUUGGUUAGUGAAUGGACGAGGAAGAAGAGAUUUCCCAGAAAAAGCUCUUGUGGCCGAAGAAAUGGGCCGAAGACAUGCAGACGGCACUUUCACGAGUGAUAUCAACAAAAUCCUUGAUGACAUGGCUGCCAAAGAGUUCUUAAAAUGGCUGAUUAACACAAAAGUUACCCAAAGGGACCUUUUGGGAGAAUACCAGUAAAAAAACAAAAUAAAAGUGGGAUAAAUGAAGAUCUUCUUCACUGCAUCAACUGCCAGCUAUUAAGAGAUUCUGAAAUCUGUAUUUUGUCAUUUACUUUGGGUGUAGCAUAAAGCUAUGUCACCUUGCAUGCCAGGAAAUAAUUGUACUAUAGUUUAGUGUUGCCAAAGGAUUAUAUGUGGAAAAUCUCUUGUCUAAGGGACAGCCACCUUAAUAGUUUUAAGACUAUGAAAGUUCCACAUCUUCAUAAUUUCCAUUUAUUAGAACCAAAAUAAGUCCAUUUACAUUUAAUCAUGAAAUUAUUUUUCUAUAAAGUUGACUUCUACAUAGAAAUGAUUCGAUCACCAAUUAUAUGCAUUAUUUGUAAGGGGCUGGCAGUUACAAAUGUCUGAGAAGUGAAUAUCCCUCUUGAAACCUUUGUUAUAAAAAGGCUAAGCUUUAAGGAUAUUAAAUGAUAGCCUUAAAUAAAUUUUUUCAAGCUUCUUU